AUGGCAUUAUCAUAUAGACACAACAAUGAACUAAAAAUUAAAGCUCGAAAUUUAGCACUAGUUGCGGUUGAUCCAAUCGAUAAAUUACGUGCCGCAUGCUUUAAACGUGGAGCGACGGGAAUCAAAGGAUUAGCAAGGCUGUUUCAUAUAAUCGACGACGAUAAUAGCAAAACAUUGUCAGCGGAAGAAUUUGAAAAAGGAAUUAAUGAAUAUGGUCUUGGUUUUACACACGUUGAAAUAUCGGAAAUGUUUAGAAAAUUUGAUGUUGAUCGAAGUGGUACGAUCAGCUUUGAUGAAUUUUUAACUCAGUUACGAGAUAAGAAUGGUGAUGGUGAAAUUACUGUGGACGAUUUACGCGGUGUUUACAAUGUCAAAUCGCAUCCAAAAUAUCAAAAUGGAGAUUUAUCACAAGACCAAAUAUUAAAACAGUUUUUAGAUCGAUUUGAUACUCCAAAUCUUGGAGACGGUAUCUUUUUUCUAUAUAAACGCGAUAUGGCAGCCACAAGUCGAUUACAAAAAGAAUUACAAAUAAAAGCUCAACAAGCUUUACAAACUAGUACAGAUCCUUUGGAACGAUUACGUGCAGCAUGUUUAGCACGAGGCGCACAAGGAAUCAAGGGUCUUUCAAUGUAA